AUGGAGGCGUCGCCAGGGAAGAGAAUCCAUGGGCUACUUGUAGGAUCUUCGAAGCCAGGGUUUACAAUGAGCUGCGUGGGUUCUGGUGGGCUUGGGCUCGGACUUAGGGUGGAGGAGGUUGACGAUGACAGGUCGAGUGUUGUUGUCGAGGCGGUAUCGCUGAUUGUGGGGGAAGCUUCAGUCGAAGUUUCUGUUGAAGUUGGAGUUGGAGUUGGAGAGUUCGGAGAGGAAACGGGCUCCGUUGCGGACACAGACGCACUGGUCGUCAUCUCGCUGGAUGCGGAAGAUGUGUCUGAAGGGACAACAGGCGAAGAAGAAGAUGAUGAGCUCACAGCCUCUGGGGUAACAGCUGGAUCUGAUGAGAUUGACGUGAUACUGCUUGACAUCUCUGCCGAGCUGUAUGAUGUGGAUGAUAUAUCCGUCAAGGACGAAGAUGAUGACGGAAGCACAGAAGUGACAGUGACCAACGACGCACUGUUUUGGAUAGAAGAAGGCGCGGUACUCGAGGAAGAUACAGCUUUGCAAUCGCCGAACCCUUUCUGGCAGGUCUCAGGUGCACAAUAUGCGUCUGUACUUCCACAAUACGAGUACUGA